AUGACCAGCGUUUCAGACCCAGCUCUGCCAAAGCGUAUUGAUUCCAGCACGUAUGAUGUCUUCAGUGGUAUGUUAAUGGUGGUUGUCCAUCGUCUAGCUUCAGUCUACAGGGUUCACAUAGCCCAAAUGCGUGAUGUUGUGCUUGAAUUUGUUCCACUGUUUUGUCAACUAUCACAUGCCAUCCGAGUCUACACAGUCAUUGAUCCAUAUCUCAGAAGUACUAGACAAAGGAGGCCUUUCCCAACCGCUCGUAACUAUGGUUCUAAAGUCGCUCAGCUUCUCUUACCGGCCAACAGCUUUCGACAAAGCUCCAGCAAGAACCCGAAACGAUCUCAUCCUCCAAUGGUGUCAUCAGUUACAUACUUAUUAGUUGAAGUAAAGGAGGGUCUCUCAGGCCACAAUCUAGAAGCUCCGAUCCAUGGAUCCUUGGGUCAGAGUUACAUCGGAUCUCCCUAG